CGCGAGAGCGGGGGCGUGAGCGGAGAUGAGGAGCACGGGCAUCAACAGAGAAUCGUGCCAGCGUUGGGACUAGGGGGUCCAGGGACGUCUGGGGUUCAGAGUCUGGUAUGGGGGUUCAGCUACGGGACUGGAGCGCAGUGUCCGGCGCUCAUUGCCGGGGUGACAGCUAGACCCGGGGGUGGGUGUGCGCCGUCAGGGUCGGGAUGAGGGUGCGUGCUCUCGCACUGCCGCUGAUGCUCGCCUGGAUGCUGGUGCCCGGGUACGGGGCCAAGCGGCGGGGGGCGGCGAGGCGAGCCCACCGGGCACAGCGCGGCCACUGCAGCUUCACCUUCCUGCUGCCCGGCGUCGAAGCGUGCGGUGCGGCCGAGGGGCGCGGGGCCGACCCCCUGCAACGGGACGCCGCGACUGGCAAGGCAGACAGCUCGGCGCAGACCCUCCGGCGGCUGGAGACGGCGACAGGGAACAACACGCAGUGGCUGCAGAAGCUUGAAAGCUACCUGCAGGACAGCAUCCAGCUGGAGAUGGUCCAGCUACAACAGAGCGUGGUACGGAACCACACAGUGACCAUGCUGGAGAUUAGUUCCGACCUGCUGAGCCGGACGGUGCAGCAGACCCGCAGGCUGACUGACAUUGAAGCACAGGUUUUGAACCAGACGUCAAGCAUGGAGAUUCGGCUCUGGGAGAACUCCCUUUUCACCAACAAGCUGCAGAAACAGCUGAUAGUCCAAACCAACGAGAUCAGCAAAAUGCAAGAGUGUAAUCGCCUUUUAGAGAGGAAGGUGUUCAACCUGGAGGCCAGGUAUCGGAAUGUGAGCUCUAUCAAGAGGGAGAGGGAGCUUCUUCAGCAGUUCCUAGCCCAGCAGGUCAGCGCCGUACGGGAGCUGGAGUUACGGCUGCAGGAGGCCAGCAGCAGCACCAGUGACCUCCAGCACCAGCAGCUGCUACUCAAGGACAACAUACAGCACCUCGUCACCCUGGUCUCCCAGGGCAAAGCAGCAGCCGAGAAGAAAGAUGAGAAGAUCUACAGAGACUGUGCAGAGGCCUCAGCAUCUGGUGCCAGUGUGAGCGGCAUUUAUACCAUACGUAUAGAGAAUACAACAGAGCACUGGAAGGUUUACUGUGACAUGGAGACGAGUGGAGGGGGGUGGACAGUGAUACAGAGGAGAUUUAAUGGCAGCCUUAACUUCCAGAGAAACUGGAAGGAAUACAAACUGGGUUUCGGGGACAUCUCUGCUGAGCACUGGCUGGGGAACGAAGCCAUCUACCUGCUGACUAAUCAGCGGCCACAUUCCUUACGGAUUGAGCUGAGAGAUUGGGAUGAAAACCAAGCCUACGCCUUGUACGAGAAGUUCCACUUGAGCAGUGAGAGGCAGAAAUACAGAUUGUACCUAAGGGGCUACAGUGGGACGGCGGGAGAGCAGAGCAGCCUGACCGCGCACGAUGUCCGCUUCAGCACCAGCGACGCCGACAACGACAACUGCCGCUGCAAGUGUGCGCGGCUGCUGACCGGAGGCUGGUGGUUUGACGCCUGUGGUCUGUCCAACCUCAACGGGAUGUACUACCCAGCCCGCAAUCACUUACGGAAGCUGAACGGCAUCAAGUGGCAUUACUUCAGAAGCACCAGUUACUCCCUGCGGGCCAGCACCAUGAUGAUCCGGCCCUCAGACUUCUGAUCGAACGUAUGGGGCUGGCACAGAGCCCAGGUCAAGGGUGCCUGAGGACAAUAUUCUCUGGACAUGGGCAUGGGGACGAUGGGUGGGGAACAAUGGCAGGUAGAGGAAGGGUGUGAGCAACUGGUCACCAGUCCUUGUCCAUGGGGAUUUGUCUUUAGUGCUGGUGACCCACCAGGUCGGUGAGUCCCAGGGUCAAAGCCUGGGUGAGUCUGUAGGUUGAGGCUUGGAGGUCUAAGCCCUGUGAUCAGUAACUCCGGGAGUCGAUACCCAGAAGUCAGCAAACUCCAAAGGUCAAAGUCCAUUAAUUUCUGGUUGACUUGGACUCUGAUCAUCAGCUUCUGUCCCAGACUCUUCAUUUAUUGCCCCUGCCUCCAACUCACCCUCAUCCCUGUCCCUAAACGCUAACUUGCCCCCUGACUCCCUGUGCUGCCCCCAAAACCAACAGGACGAACGUUAAAAAAAAUCUAAGUCUGAGCCCCAACCUCAAUGGACAUCGCAGCUUGCCACCCCCUUGAAAUUCUUCACACCUCUGUUUAAAGACUUCAAUCUAAUCUUGUAAUGGUUCAGAGACAACUUGAGGAAGGAGAUAUCAGACAGAUCUUUUCAUUAAGGGGUGUACUUAGAAGUUCAAAGGUGGUAAAGGUUUUACAAAUUACCUCCAGAGGGUGCUGUGCUGUUGAACUAGCAUUUGCAGGAGGACUUGUAAAGGAACGAUUGUUAUUGAACUGUUAUGAGCGUCAUUAAGCAUGUGUUUUCUUCUUUUAAGAUCCACUUAAUCAUACAAAUGUGUACUAGGUAUUCACAACCAAUGAAUCACUUGUCAAUUUAAAAUGUCAGCUGUGUCUGGCAUUGCUGGAGUGGGCUUGGAGGCGAAUCCAAUGUUUGGCCGAUUUAAGUGCUGGGCCAGAUUGAAAGUAUCAGGGUGUUGGGGUCGAAGGCGAGGGACGGACGGUUCCGCUCACAGCUCUGAAAGGCUGCGGCCGGUAACUAACAGGCUCCUGAAUCAGCUGCUGGCAUUGUGUCUGCAGACUCACUGUCGUGAACUUCAGUUCUGAAUGCCAUUUGCUUACUUUUAUUGUUUGCAUUAUUUGUUUUCCUUUCUCUGCACAUUGGGCAUUUGACAGUCUUUUUUUUAAUGGGUUUCUUUGAGUUCCUUUGUUUUAGACCAUAAGACAAAGGGGCAGAAUUAAGCCAUUUGGCCCCUUAAGUCUGCUCUGCCAUUUCAUCAUGGCUGAUCCAAUUUUCCUCUCAGCCCCAUUCUCCAGCCUUCUCCCUCUAUCCCUUCAUGCCCUGACUAAUCAAGAAUCUAUCAACCUCUGCCUUAAAUACAUGUAAAGGCUUGGCCUUCACAGCCCCCUGUGGCAACAAAUUCCACAGACUCGCCACUCUCUGACUAAAGAAAUUCCUCCUCAACUCCAUUCUAAGAGGAUGUCCUUGUAUCCUGAGGCUGUGCCCUCUGGACUUAGACUCCCUCACAUUGAAAACGUUCUCUUCACAUCCACUCUAUUGAGGCCUUUCAACAUUCGAUAGGUUUCAUUGAUAAAUAUAGGCCCAGAGCCUUUCAAUUCUGAAAUCAUUUUUGUGAACCUCCUUUGAACCCUCUCCAACGUCAGCACACCCUUUCUCCAAUAAGGGAAGCAAAACUGCUCACCAUACUCCAAGUGAAGUCUCACCAGUGCUUUAUGAAGCCUGAACAUUACCUCCUCGCUUUUAUAUUCUAGCCUUCUUGAAAUAAAUGUAAACAUCACUCUUGCCUUCCUCACCACCGACUCAGAUCUGCAAAUCAACCUUUGGGGAAUCCUGCACAAGGUUUCCCAAAUCCCUUUGCACCUCAGAUUUUUGAAUUUUCUCUUCAUUUGGAAAAUAGACUACCCUUUUAUUUCUUCUACUAAAAUGCAUGACCAUACAUGCCCAACAUUGUAUUCCAUCUGCCACUUCUUUGCCCAUUCUCCUAAUCUGUCUAAGUCCUUCUGUAGCCUCUCUACUUCCUCAAAACUAUCUGUCCCUCCACCUAUCUUUGUAUCAUCCACAAACUUUGCCACAAAGCUAUCAAUUCCAUCAUCUAAGUCAUUGACAUAUAAUGUAAAAUGAGACGGUCCCAGCACAGAUCCCUGUGGAACACCACUAGCUGCCAGCAGCCAACCAGAAAAGGCCCCUUAGUCCCUCUCUUUGCCUCCAGACAAUCAGCCAGUGCUUUAUCUAUGCUAGAAUCUUUCCUGUAAUACCACGGGCUCUUGGCUUGUUAAGCAGCCUCAAGUGUGGCACUUUGUCAAAGACCUUCUGAAAAUCCAAGUGCUCAACAUCAACCAAUUCUCCUUUGUCUAUCCUGCUUGUUAUUUCUUCAAAGAAUUGCAACAGAUUAGUCAGGCAAGAUUUUCCCUUGAGGAAACCAUGCUGACUACGGCCUUUUUUAUCAUGUGCCUCAAAGUAACCCGAGACCUCAUCCUUAAUAAUCAACUCCAACAUCUUCCCAACCACUGAGAUCAGGCUAACUGGCCUAUAAUUUCCUUUCUUCUGCCUCUCUCCCUUCUUGAAAAGUGGAGUGACAUUUGCAAUUUGACAUUCCAUUCAGAAACUUGCCAAUCAAUUGAUUCUUGAAAGAUCAUUACUAAUGCCCCCACAAUCUCUUCAGCCACGUCUUUUAGAACCCUAGGGUGUAGACCAUUUACUACAUGUGAUUUAUCUACUUUCAGACCUUUCAGUUUCCCAAGAACCUUCUCCCUAGUAAUGGCAAUUUCACUCACUUCUGCUCCCUGACACUCUUGAACUUCUGGCAUACUUCUCGUGUCUUCCACGGUGAAGACUGAUGCAAAAUACUUAUUCAGUUCAUCUGCCAUUUCGUUGUUCCACCUAAUUACUUCUCCAGUAUCAUCUUCCAUCAGUACAAUAUCCACUCUCACCUCUCUUUCACAUUUUAAGUAUCUGAAGAAAUUUUUGUUAUCUGUAAGUCUAGCUUACCUUCAUAUUCCAUCUUUUCAUUCUUAAUGAGUUUUUAGUUGCCUUCUGUGGGUCUUUAAAAGCUUCGCAAUCUAACUUCCCACUAAUUUUUGCUUUAUUAUAUGCCCUCUCUUUGGCUUGUAUGUUGGUUUUGACUUCUCUUGUUAGCCAUGGUUUAUCAUCUUGCCUUUCAAAUACAUUUUCCUCUUUGGGAUGUAUAUAACCUGCACCUUUCAAAUUGCUUCCAGAAAUUCCAGUCAUUGCUGCUCUGCUGUCAUUCCAGCCAGCAUUCUUUCCCUAUCAAUUUUGGCCAGCUCCUCUCUCGUGCCUCUGUAAUUCCCUUUACUCCACUGUAACACUGAUACAUCUGACUUUAGCUUCUCCUUCUCAAAUUGCAGCGUGAAUUUUAUCAUAUUAUGAUCACUUUCCCCUAAGGGGUCCUUAAGCUGUCUAAUCAUUUCUGGUUCAUUCCACAGUACCCAAUCCAGAACAGCUGAUCCCCUAGUGGCCUUAACCAUGAGCUGCUCUAAAAAGCCUCCUGUAGGCAUUGUAGAAACUCCCCCUCUUUGGGAACCAGCACCAACCUGAUUUUCCCAAUCUACCUGCAGAUUGAAACCCCUCAUGACUAUUGUAACUUUGCCCUUUUGGCAUGCAUUUUCUAUCUCCUGUUGUAAUUUGUAGAUCACGUUCUUACUGCUGUUUAGAAGGUCUGUAUAUAACUCCCGUCAGGGUCGCUUUACCCUUUCAGUUCCUUAGCUCUAUCCACAAUGAUUCAAUACCUUCUGAUUCUAUGUCACCUCUUUCUAAUGAUUUGAUUUCAUUUUUUACCAGCAAAGCCACGCCACCCCCUGUGCCUUCCUGCCUGUCCUUUUGAUACAUGUAUGUUUGGACAUUACUCUCCCAGCUAUAAUCUUCUUUUAGCCAUGAUUCUGUGAUGCCUACAACACCAUACCUGCCGAUCUGUUUUGUGGCUGCCUGUAAGGAGAUGAAUCUCAAGGGUGUAUAUAGGAUACAUAUUUUGAGAAUAAAAUGCACUUUGAACUUUUGAUUUGGAUGCACAAGUGUAAACAUUGAUAACAGUGUGCUCCUGUUGGGUGGGUCUCUAAACACGAGCAACAUUCUUUCAACGUCAAGUCAGGACAUCAACCAGUUAAACCCAGUGCUGUCGCCUGGAUAAACCCCGUGCCUCUAAUCAGUUAAACUCAAUAUUGCUAACUGGAUAAACCCUAUGCCUCUAACCAGUCAAGCCUGGUGUCACAAGCCUGUUAAACCCAAUGAUGCUAACCGAUUAAAUCCAAUGCUGUCAUCCAGAUAGAUCCAGUGCCUUUAACCUGUUUGCAGCAUUGCAACUCAAUGCUGCUGCAAACUGAAUUCUGCUAACUGGUUAAAUCCAGUGCUGUCACUCAAAUAAACUCAGUGUCUCUAACCAAUUAAACCUAAAUCUGCAGACUGACUAAACCCAAUGCCUCUAACCAGUUAAGCCCAAAGCCUCUAACUAGUUAAACACAAUGCUACUAACUGCUUAAGUGCAACGCUGCUAACUGGUAAAGUCCAACCCUGCCAAUCACUAUUGUUUGGGCACUUUACAUGUGGCAAAAGGUCUGAAGUUGCUUCCUGUGGGCAGUUCCCAGCAACACUCGAGAACAAGCCAUAUGAGGAUGAGUGACCAGACAGCUGGGCGGAGACAGAGAUUCAGGAAGAUUUUGAGUCUAUACGGGCUAAGAUGUCCAUCCUGUGCUUAAGAUCAUAAGACCAUCGGACAUAAGAGAAAUUAGGCCAUUCAGCCCAUUGUGUCUGCUCUGCCAUUUCAUCAUAGCUGAUCUAUUUUUCCUCCCAACCCCAUCCUUCUGCUCGCUCGCCAUAACUGUUCUUUCCCCGACUAAUCAAGAACCUACCAACCUCUGCCUUAAAUGCACUCAAUGACCUGCAUCCACAGCCCUCUGUAGCAAUGAAUUCCACAGAUUCAUCACCCUCUGGCUGAAGAAAUUCUUCCUCACCUCUUUUCUAAAUGGUUGUCCCUCUAUUCUGAGGCUGUGCCCUCUGAUGCUAGAUUCACCCACUAUAGGAAACUUCCUCUCCACAGCCACUCUAUCUAGGCCUUUCAAUAUUCAAUGGGAUCACCUGCCCCCUCCCUUACUUUUCUAAGCACCUGCAAGUGCAGGCCGACAGCCAUCAAACGCUCCUCAUACAUUAACCCUGUCAAUCCUGGAGUCAUUCUCGUGAACUUCAACUGAAUCCCCUCCAGUGCAUCUCUUUCUUCUCACAAUCCUCCAAGUGAGGCCUUACCAGUGCCUUAUAAAGCCUCAGCAUUACAUCCUUGUUUUUAUAUUCUAAUCCUCUCACAAUGAAUGCCAGCAUUGAAUUUGACUUCCUUACCACUGACUCAACCUGCAAAUUAACCUUUAGGGAAUUCUGCACAAGGACUCCCAAGUCUCUUUCCACCUUGUAUUUUUAAAUUUUCUCCAUUUCGAAAAUAGUCUACGCUUUUAUUCCUUCUUCCAAAGUGCAUGACCAUACACUGUAUUCCAUCUGCCACUUCUCCUAAUCUAUCAAAGUCCUUCUGCAGACUUCCUGCUUCCUCAACACUACCUGCUCCUCCACUUAUCUUCGUAUUGUCUACAAACUUGGCCACAAAGCCAUCAAUUCCAUCAUCCAAAUCAUUGACAUAUAGCAUAAAAAGAAGCGGUCCCAACACCGACCCCUGCAGAACACCGCUAAUCACCAGCAGCCAACCAGAAAAGGCUCCCUUUAUUCCCACCUUUGCCUCCUGCUAAUCAGCCAAUCUUCUAUCCAUGCUCAUAUAUUUCCUGUAAUACCGUGGUCUCUUGUCUUGUUCAGCUGAUUCAUGAAUAGCGCCUUGUCACAGGCCUUCUGAUCCUCCAAGUACUCAAUAUCCACCGAUUCUCUUUGUCUAUCUUGCUUGAUAUUUUCUCAAACAAUUCCAACAGAAUUGUCAGGCAAGAUUUCCCCUUAAGGAAACCAUGCCAAUUUUUAUCAUGUGCCUGCAAGUACCCUGAGAUCUCAUUAUUAAUAAUGAGGUCAGACUUCACUGGCGGAUAAUUUCCUUUCUUCAGUCACCCUUCCUUCUUGAAGCAUGGAGUGACAUUUGCAAUUUUCCAGUGCUCCGGAACCAUGCCAGAAUGGUGUCAUCAACAACAUGACGUCCCAACUCUCACACUCAUGGCCCUGAUUGAUGAAGGCAAGCACUUCCCAUCUCGUCUAGCUCUAGCACCAGUUUUAGGGAGCCAUGUACUCGCACAUUCCUAGUUCCUCAGCUCGACAACACUUUCCAGGGUCCUACACUUUACUGUGUGACCAAGGCCUGGUUUAACUUGACAAAAUGCAACAUCCAAGUUAAAUUCCAUCUGCCAAUUCCUGGUCUCCUUCCCAGUUUGUCUACAUUUGGUGGUAAUCUUAGAUAACCCUCUAUGACAUGAACAAUUUGAGUGAACUGCUCACUACGUUCUACCACAGGGUCAUAGAGUUGCAGAACACUACAGCACAGAAACAGGCCCUUUGGCCCAUCCAGCUGAACCAUUCAAGCUGCCUAAUCUCAUCUACCUGCACCCAGACCAUAGCCCUCCUUACCCUUCCCAUCCAUGUACCUAUCCAAACCUCUCUCAGAUGUUGAAAUCAAACCCACAUCCACCACCUCCAGCUUGUUCCACACUCUCACCACCCUCUGAGUGAAGUUCUCCCUCAUGUUCCCCUUAAACAAUUCACCUUUCACUCUUUACCCAUGAUCACUGGUUCUAGACUCCUACAACCUCAGUUCAAAAAGCCUCCUGCAUUUAUACAAUCUAUAGACCUCGUAAUUUUGUAUACCUCUGUCAAAUAUCCCCUCAUUCUCCUACGGCCCAGGGAAUGAAGUCGGAACAAUCACAGCACGGAAACAGGCCAUCUCGGCCCUCCUAGUCCGAACCUAUUCACCAUUCUCUAUAACUCAGGUCCUCAAGUCCCAGCAACAUCAUUGUAAAUUUUCUCUGCACUCUUUCAAUCUUAUUGAUAUCUUGUCAGUAGGUGGCCAGAACUGCACACAGUACUCCAAACUGGGCCUCACCAAUAUCUUAUACAAUUUCAUCAUAAUUUACUUAUUAUUAUUUAAUUAUUUAUGGUUUUAUAUUGCUAUAUUUCUACACUAUUCUUGGUUGGUGCGACUGUAACGAAACCCAAUUUCCCUCGGGAUCAAUAAAGUAUGUCUGUCUGUCUGUCUGUCUGUCUGUCUGUCAACAUCUGUACUCAGUACAUUUAUGAAGGCCAAAAAGCUUUCUUUAAGACCCUAAAUACCUGUGAAGCCACUUUCAAGGAACUAUGGACCUGUAUUCCCAGAUCUCUCUGUCCAUCCAAACAUCUUAGUGCCCUACUGCUCUCUGUGUAAGUCCUACCCUGGUUUGUCCUCCCGAAGUGGAGACCCUCACACUUAGCUGCAUUAAAUUCCAUCUGCCAUUUCUCAGCCCAUUUUUCCAGAUCCCACUGCAAGCUUUGAUAGCCUUCCUCACUGUACAAUGAUUAAAGAAUUUCCUUAGAACUAGGAGAGAAAGGCUAUUUGGUCUGACAAGCUUGCUGUCCCACUUUCCUACUGCCCAACAUUGAAUUUCCACAUCAGUUGUAUCAAGUCUCUUUUGUACCCUCUCAGUAACCUCCAAAUCCUCCGGCAGAUUAAGCAUCCAGCUUGGAUCGAACCCCUGGCUCAGCAAUCUAUCAUCUCCAUCGAGAGGGAAUCUGCAUGUUGUUCCUGAUCAGUCCGGAGAGCAGCAGAAGCAGCUGGUUCAGGGAAUGUGCAUUGACAGCUGGAAAUGUAUAAUUCUGCACAGACAGGUUCACUGCCCCCUGUCUGCACUUUCAAUGCAUUUGCUAUUUUUACAGAAGGAAUUCCAAAAGCACUUGUGCAGACAGGUGAUGAAAGGCUCACAGGUUCAGGAGAUAAAGUUCUACCAGAACAAGUGACAAGUGUGAGCUGAUUUAGAACAUAGUACAGCACAGUAGAGGCCCUUCAGCCCAUGCUGCUGUGCUGACCUUUUACCCCACUCCAAGAUCAAUCCAUUCCUUCCCCGAUGGUCAUAGAGCAUAGAGUUCUGAAACAGAGUCAUGGAGCACUAGAGCAUAGAACCAGGCCUUCAGGUCUAUGUUGAUAGAUCCCUCAAAGUUACUGAGAAAGUUGAUAGGGUGGUUAAGAAGACACAUGGUGUGAUUGGCUUUCAUUAGUCGGGGGACUGAGUUCAGGAGCCGUGAGGUAAUGUUGCUCCUCUAUAAAACUCUGGUUAGUCCACACUCGGAGUAUUGUGUUCAGUUCUGGCUGGCUCAUUUUAGGAAGGAUGUGGAAGCUUUACAGAGGGGGCAAAGGAGAUUUACUUAGGAUGCUGUCUGGAUCAGAGAGCAUGUCUUAUGAGGAUAGGUUGAGAAAGAAAGAGAGGAAGUUGUGGAGGCGAAGACCGUGGGCAUAUUUAAAGCAAAGAUUGAUCAUUUCCUGAUUGGUCAAGGCACCAUGGGUUAUGGCAAGAAGACAGGUGUAUGGGGGUGAGUGGGAUUGGCCAUGACGGAAUGGCAGAGCAGACUCGAUGAAUGGCCUAAUGUCUUAUGUCUUAUGGUCGGUCGAAAGAAAGAAAGAAAGAAAAAAUAGAUUUAUUUGUCCGAUGUACAUUGAAGCAGUGAAUUGUGUCGAUUGCAUUAACAACUAACAUAGUCAAGGACGUGCUGGGCGAGGCAACCCGCAAGUAUCACCAUGCAACCGAUGUUAGCAUAAAAUUGUCCACAACUCACUAACCCUAACCCUAGCCUGUACAUAUUGUCCACAACUCGUUAACCCUAACCCUAACCCUAACCCGUACGUAUUGUCCACAACUCAUUAAUCCUAACCCUAACCCAUACUUAUUGUCCACAACUCACUAACCCUAACCCUAGCCUGUACGUAUUGUCCACAACUCAUUAAUCCUAACCCUAACCCAUACUUAUUGUCCACAACUCACUAACCCUAACCCUAGCCUGUACAUAUUGUCCACAACUCAUUAAUCCUAACCCUAACCCAUACGUAUUGUCCACAACUCAUUAAUCCUAACCCUAACCCAUACGUAUUGUCCACAACUCAUUAACCCUAACCCGUACAUAUUGUCCACAACUCAUUAACCCUCACCCGUAUGUAUUGUCCACAACUCGUUAACCCUAACCCGUAUGUAUUGUCCACAACUCGUUAACCCUAACCUGUAUGUAUUGGGAUGUGGGAAGAAACCUGAGAACCCAGAGGAAACUCACAUGGUCUUGAGGAGAACAUACAAACUCCAUUCAGACAGCAGCAGAACUGGACCUGGGUUGUUGGUGCUGUUUAGUGUUACACUAAACUCCAUGCUACCGUGUCUCCCACGUUUCUAGCCAAAACAUUGAAUGUUUAUUCCUCACCAUAGAUGCUGCCUGACCUGCUGAGCUCCUUUUGUGUUUGUUGCUCUGGAUUUCCAGCAUCCGCAGAAGCUCUUGCGUUACUGAUUUUAUUUUGGUUGGUAGGUCUGAUGAUGUUGACAGCAUCGGCCUGUGCGAUUCUUACCCAGGUCCUGAAAGUAAUAAGAACACCCCAGAAAAAAUUGGGUUUUGUCCCAUGAUGCACAGAAACACAGACAGAAAUCCUUUUGAUAAAAUGAAACAGUUCCGUUUACUCCAAUUACUCCGAUCAUUCAAUCUAUGGGGUUUCUUACUUUGAGGAUGUAUACGAAGAGAAAGAAUUUCAGGUUGUCUACUGUCUACAUUCUCUGAUAUUAAAAUUAACCUAUGGAUUUGUGGAUGUUCAAAUAUUCCAGAGGCCCAGUCAGUGGCGGGAGCAGAGCGCAGCGACGAGGUUUCUCGCAGGUCGGCGAUGCUUGCUUAAAAGGAGAGCUUUGCAGGCGUCUGGAUAUUCUGCAGGCUCAAUCAGCAGCAGGAGUGGAGCACAGUAAAUUAAAUAAAAUACAGAAGGGACAAGCAGGGCAGCCAUUGUUGGGAGAAGAUGACGGUGAGAGUAGGAGUGUCAGGCUUUAGCGCAAAGGAGGCUUCGGCCUGGAAGAGGCACUGGCCCUGGGUAAACUUCUGUUAAGCUUCCAUUUUUCAAAAUUCUUACUGUGCUUAGUGAGGUAAUGGCUGCUGUGUGUUCUUCAUGUCAGAUGUUGGAGUCCUGGGAGACCUAGAGACUCCCGGGGAACUACGUCUGCAUGAAGUGCAUCCAGCUGCAGCUCCCUGAAGACCGUGUUAGGGAUCUGGAACCACAGCUGGAUGACCUUCAGCUUGUACGGCAGAGAGAGGAGAUAAUCGAUCAGAGUUACAGGGAAGUAGUCACCCCCAAGUUGCAGGAGGCAAGUGUCUGGGUGAUUGUCAGGAGAAAUGGAAAUAUGAAUGGCAGUUACAGCAGAACACCCUCGUGGCCAUUCUCCUCAAUGAUAAGUAUACUGCUUUGGAUAGUGUUGUGGAGGAUGUCCUCCCAGGGGAAUGCCACAGGGACCAGGAUACAGGCACUGAGCAUGGGUCCAUGGUGCAGAAGGGAAAGAGGGAGAAGAGGGGAGCAGUAGUGAUAGGGGACUCAAUUGUCAGAGGAACAGACAGGAGAUUCUGUGAGCGUGAACGGGACAUGCAGAUGGUACGUUGCCUCCCAGGUGUCGGGGUCAGGGAUGGCUCAGACGGUGUCCACAGCAUUUUAGAGAGAGAGAGAGAGCAGCCAGAUGUCUUGGUACAUAUUGGUACCAAUGCCAUAGGAAGGAAAAGACAUGUGGUCCUGGAGAGAUAAUUUAGACAGCUGGGCAGAAAGCUGAGAAGGAAGAUCUCCAGGAUAGAAAUUUCUGGAUUGUUACCUGUGCCACGUGCUAAUGAGAGUAGAAACAGGAUGAUUUGGCAGAUAAAGCAUGGCUGAGAAGCUGGUGCAGGGGGAAGGGCUUCAGGUUUCUGGUUCAUUGGGAUCUCUUCUGUGGGAGGUAUGACCUGAACGAAAGGGAUGGGUUACACCUGAAACCGAGGAGGACAAAUAUUCUUGUGAGCAGGUUUGUUAGAGCUGUUAGGGAGGGUUUAAACUAGUUUGGCAGGGGGUUGGGAACUGGAAUGAAGGGACUCAGGAUAGGGCGGAUGGUAAAACAGUAAAGAUAGCGUGCAGUCAGAUUGUCAGGAAGGGCAGGCAGAUGAUAGGACAAAAUUGCAGCCAGUAGGGUGAGUAUCAGUGCAUUAGGGAUGCAGAAUCAAAAAGGGUAGCAAUUACAGAACUCAAAGUGUUAUAUCUCAAUGCACGGAGUAUAAGAAAUAAAGUGGAUGAUCUUGUUGCACUAUUGCAGAUUGUCAGGUAUGAUGUUGUUGCCAUCACUGAAGAGUGGUUGAACGAUGGUUGUAGCUGGGAGAUGAAUACCCAAGGUUACGUGUUGUAUCGGAGGGAUAGGAAAGUAGGCAGAGGGGGUGGUGUGGCUCUGCUGGUAAAGACUGGCAUCAAAUCAGUAGAAAGUUGUGAUAUAGGAUCGGAAGAUGUUGAAUCCUUGUGGGUUGAGUUAAGAAACUGCAAGGGUAAAAGGACGUUGAUGGCAGUUAUAUACAGGCCUCCCAACAGUGGCUGGGAGGUGGCCCACAGAUUACAACAGGGAACAGAAAAGGUAUGCCAAAAGAGCAAUGUUAUGAUAGUCGUGGGAGAUUUUAUCAUUCAGGUAGAAGGGAAGAUCAGGUUGGUAAUGGAUCUCAAGAGAGUGAGUUUGUUGAAUGCCUAUGAGAUGGCUUUUUAGAGCAGUUUGUCGUUGAGCCUGCUAGGAGAUCAGUUAUACUAGGUUGGGUGUGACGUAAUGAACUGGAGGCUAUUAGGGAGUUUAAGGUAAAAAGAAAAUCCUUAGGACCUGAUGAUCUUGAUUUGAUUCAGUUCAACUUGAAAUUUGAUAGGGAGAAAGUAAAGCCUGGUGUAGCAGUAUUUCAGUGGAGUAAGAGAAAUUACAGUGGUAUGAGAGAGGAGUUGGCCAAAGCAAACUGGAAGGAGCUGCUGGCAGGGAUGUCAGCAGAGCAGCAAUGGCUUGCGUUUCUGGGAAAAAUGAGGAAGGUUCAGGUCAGAUGUAUUCUAAAAGCAAAGAAAUACUCAAAUAGCAAAAUAAUACAACCACGGCAGACAAGAGAAGUCUAUGCUAAUAUAAAAGCAAAAGAGAGGGCAUGCAACAAAACAAAAAUUAGCAGAUAGUUAAGGGACUGGGAGCCUUUAAAAAUCCACAGAGAGCAACUAAAAGAAUCAUUAGGAGGGAAAAGGAGGGAAAUAUGAAAGCAAGCUAGCAAAUAAUAUCAAAGUGGAUUGUAAAAGUUUUUCAAGUAUAUAAAAAAUAAAAGAGAGAUGAGUGUGAUAGAGGAAUGCUAGCGUUAGAGAUUGUGGGAGCAUAAGUAAUGUUCUUUCAAAAAUUAUUGGACUCUAGCAUGGUGCCAGGGGACUAGAAAAUUGUAAUUGUCACUCCACACUUUAAGAAAGGAGAAAGGCAGCAGAAAGGAAAUUAUAGACCAGUUAGCCUGACCUCAGUGGUUCGGAAGAUGUUGGAGUCAGUUUUUAAGGAUGAGGUUAUAGAGUACUUGGUGACAGGACAAGGUAGGACAACGUCAACAAGGUUUCCUGAAGGGAAAUUCCUGCCUGAUGAACCUAUUGGAAUUCUUUGAGGAGUUUACAAGCAGGAUAGAUAAAGGGGAUACAGUGAAUGUUGUAUAUUUGGACUUUCAGAGGGUCUUUGACAAGGUGCUACAUAUGAUGCUGCUUACCAAAUAAAGAGCCCGUGGUAUUAUAGGAAAGGUAGUGGUAUACUUAGAGCAUUGGCCGAUUGGAAGGAGGCAGCGAGUGGAAAUAGAAGAAUCCUUUUCUGGUUGGCUGCCAGUGACUAGUUGUGUUUCACAGGGGUUGGUGUUGGGACACUUCUUUUAUGAUGUAUAUCAAUGACUUAGAUGAUGGAAUAGACGGCUUUGUUGCCAAGCUUGUAGAUGAUAUGAAGAUUGGUGGAGGGGUAGGUCAUGUUGAGGAAACAGGUAGGCUACAGAAGGACUUAGACAAAUUAGGAGAAUGGGCAAAAAAGUGGCAAAUCAAAUACAAUGUUGGAAAAUGCAAGGUCAUGCAUUUUGGUAGUAGAAAUAAAUGUGCAGAAUACUUUCUAAACGGGGAGAAAAUCCAAAGAUCUGAGAUGCAAAGGGACUUUGGAGUUCUUGUGCAGAAUACCCUAAAGGUUAACUUGCAGGUAGAGUCGAUGGUGAGGAAGGCAAAUGCCAUGUUAGCAUUCAUUUCAAGAAGUCUAGAAUACAAGAGCAGGGAUGUGAUGCUGAAGCUUUAUAAGGCACUGGUAAGGCCUCACCUUGAAAAUUAUGAAAAGUUUUUGGCUCCUUAUCUAAGACAAGAUGUGCUGGCAUUGAAGAGUGUGCAGAGGAGGUUCACAAGGAUGAUUCAGGGAAUGAAAGGGUUAGAUAGAAAGUUUGAUGUCUCUGGAUCUGUUCUCUGAACGGUGCUGGUUGAAGCAGAAUGCACCUCCAAUCCCUCCAUCCCAUUGCUGUGCUUAAUUUCUUCUCAUAUUUUUGAACUGUUUAAUACAAGUGAUCUCUACAGUACAAUUUU